GCUUUGCCUCUCGCGGGGUUGUUGUGUGAAGAUGGCGGCCGAACUAGUGGAGGCGAUGAAUGAAUCCUGUAACCAGUUCCAAGCCCUUUGGUAAAUUUGGUCUCUUUCUUUCCAAUGGGCCUGUGUUCCCUGCCUCUGGCCUGUAGAACAUGGUGAAGAGUUUUCGGGUGUCGGACCUACAGACCCUCCUGACCUCUAUGGGCCGCAGUAAAAGUGGGCUGAAGCAGGACCUAGUGGGGCGUGCUCUGCGACUAGUGCAAACCGAAUACAGCCCGGAGCUGCUGAAGAACAUUCGGCAACUGUAUGAAUCGCGCUUUCCCAAGGCGCCAGGUUGGGCAACGCAACGACGCCCUGAGCUGGGUGUGGGGCCAGGGCUGGCCAACUCCACGACAGCCUACUCCACCCACGGCUCUCCAUCUGCCUCCAAUGUGCACAGUGCUGACUACCUCAAUGGUUUGCCUAAGCCAUCACCCAGUCCAGCUUCUGAGGUCAAGCUGUGCCCUCUGCCCUUCUAUAAAACCCUGGAAACAUUGAUGUCCCCCACAGAGCUGGUCAUACAGAACAGUGAUAAACUGCAGGAUAGUCCGUGCUCCUUUGAGCUGACACAGAGUCAAGUGGAUCAGAUAAGGAACUGCAGAGAGCUCCGACCAGGGAUGAAGUCAAUCCAGGUGGUGCUCAGAAUCUGUUACACAGAUGCAGUAGGUGUUCAGGAGGACCAGUACCCACCUAACAUAGCUGUGAAAGUGAAUCAGUCGUACUGUCAUGUACCAGGCUACUACCCCUCCAACAAGCCCGGCGUGGAGCCCCGACGACCGUGUCGUCCUGUCAACAUCACGCCCUGGCUACACCUGUCCACCGUCACCAACCACAUCACCAUCACAUGGGGCAACUUCGGAAAGAGGUACUGUGUGGCGCUCUACCUAGUGCGGGUUUUCACCGCAGCAGACCUUUUCAAUCAGUUGGAGACGUGCUCUGUGGAGAGUGCCGACCGGUGCCGAGAGCGCAUUCAGGAGAAACUACGCUUUGACCCAGAGAGUGAGAUUGCGACUACCGGGCUGCGAGUGUCACUCAUAUGCCCGUUGGUGAAGAUGCGACUGGGCGUGCCCUGCCGGGUGCUGACGUGCGCCCACCUGCAGUGCUUCGAUGCAGUCUUCUUCCUGCAGAUGAACGAAAAGAAACCCACCUGGACUUGUCCUGUGUGCGAUAAACCCGCCCCAUUUGAGCUGCUCGCCAUUGAUGGGCUGCUGUCUGAAAUUCUGAAGGAAACUGAGGACGUGGAGGAGAUUGAGUACUUGGCUGACGGCUCCUGGAGGCCAAUCAAAGAGGAGAAGGAGAAAGAACGUAGUAGCACGCCAGAGUGCCCCCUACUGGAUAUUUGCUCUCCAGAAACGAACGGCCACUCCCCCGCGCACGCGACCAGUACCAGCUUGAGUGGGAAGGCUGGGCCUGCUAACUCUGGCGCCAGCCUGGGGGCUUCAGCGGGAGUGGGGGGUGGAACAGUGGUGGACCUUACUUUGGAGACUUCUUCUGAGGAAGAGGAUUCCGGUGGCAGGUUGGGUGACAGUGAUGAGACUGAUGACAGCCAGGACAGUCCGCCUCCAAAGAAAGGGCGAUACGGCUAUGACAAAGAUCUGGUCACUGCGUACUGACCGCCCGUGAGUCACAGACUGGAAGCGAUAUAUGGGACUUGCCACAUCAAAAGCAGGACUGGAAGGAACAACUGUCAGGCCCUUCAGCCUUGUACCCCGGCACGCGUACACAGGACAGACACACGCCUUCCUCAUUCAGACAUCCGAAACACUUGCAUACACCGAAGCCCUAUCAGAGAAUACUGCUGCACAAAAAAAAAAGGAACAUUAAAAAUGCAGAUACCCAAACAUCUCUACACCCUCACCACUGCCAGUGAACUUGGAUAACGGUAGACCCACUGUAAUCUUCAUGUAACUCACUGUCUGUCGCUCGGAUUUGUCCCCCCUUUGACUUUGAUUUUUACAUCUGCGACGCUCGAUGAGAACGGUCCCGAUAUUCACCUCCAUCGGUAGAUUUAAGCGUGGAAUUUGGGCCCAAAAAAACAGUGGAAAAAUACAGUAAGUCUGUUAUAAUCGUAAAUAUGUGCCCCCCCCCCCUUAUUUAUUGCAAAAAUAUAAACAUACAAAGCAGUGCUUGUGGUUUCAAGUAAAUAUUCGUUGAUUCUUGUCAAAUUUACUUAAGUCCUCCGUGUGUGUCCUGAAGUAAGCUACCUACCUCAGUGUGCAUGGUGAGUCUAACCCCAACAAAAUACUGCUCAAUGGAAUCACUUUUUUUGUAUAAACACUGGAGAGAGGAGUACCCCCGACACACACACAGACAUUUCCCCCUCCUUUGGUUGAUAUGUUUUAUAUAUAAUAUAUAAAAAUAUAUUUUCUCAUACAGAUGGGGGGAGCCUUUCUACUAGAAGUGUCCAGUCGUUCUUGUUGGGUUGACAUGCUUGUUUGACAUACAUGUGCUGUGUGGCGCUGCAGCAAGAAAUGUCUGUUUUGAGCAUCUCCGAACUGGUUCGUCCCAUGAGUGAACAAGUUAUGAUGUUUUUGUUUGCAGUUGAAGGUAUUUUUUCUCCCCAGUGCAAUUUUAGGUGUGACUGAGAGAGAUACGCUUAUCCUGGUUGGUGUGAUCCACAGUGGUUUUUGUGUGUGUGCGUCUGUGUGUGUGUAUGCGUGCAUAUUUCCGUUUCACUGUGCAUUACUGCUCUAGCAGGAUAUGUGGUUUAGAUACAGUUGGGGGCCUGAACUAAUGUCCUCCUGGCUUCCACUCUGCUGGUACCACAGCCGCCAUUUGCAAAGGCAACCUUGGAGCCAAGGAAAAGCUCUCCCAUCAUUCCGGAGUUCAGUACCAGCUCUGACUCCCAAGUAAUUCCCAGAUAUAUGACACAAUGUCUUGUUCCAGUCCUAGAAGCUACCGGGGGGGGUGAAGGGGCAUCUUCACAAUCCAUGUAGAUCUGUGUUCUUGUGUUGGAAAAACCGAGGCUUCUGGGAAAGGCUUCGCCGUGUUGAUAAUUCUUUGGACAUUCGGACAUUCGUCCAAAUUGCAAGCUCAAUGAACUGCUGUAGCCCUAGAACUGCUGUGAUGUAAGCGAGGAUUUAAAAAAAAAUUGCUUUUGAGUGUUCGUGCCACAGUCGUCUUGGUUUUUUUUUUUUUUUGUGGUUUGUUUGAAAGGAGAAUCCCACUGGCUAAGAGGAUGUGAGACAAUCCAGGAAAUGCAGCUAGAUGUGCUACCAGAAUACCAGGUGGUAAAUGGGGCAAGCAAUAAAAAGUAGGGGGCAAGUGGUGAUGGCAGGUAGCAUGGAGAAAGGACACCGAUUAAGGGAAGUGGUUUUCUCUGGUUUGAAACCUUUACAGUAGCUAGAUUUUCGGACUGAUGUCAGUACUAAUAUCGGUUUGAGGACCUAUGUGUGCUGGUGCUGAAGACUACAGCAGUGAAAUUUGUCUGUUGAUUUUACCAGCUCACACCUCAUGGACUGUACAACUUGCCUUGUUUGCAGUUAAAUGUUUCCUGCUAUGUUCUGUUUCUAAAUGCAAUGUGAAUGACAGUUGAUGGAAAAAAAACACACCUUCCAAGCCAUUGUCUUAGAAAGUAUUGCCUGACUGCAUGCCCCGCUGAUUCAGUUUCCAAGAUUUAGUUUUAAUUUUCCUCCAAGAUAACUUGUUCUAACUGAUUUGAUUCUUGCAAAUUUCUCUGAAUGUUGCAGUGAGAUUGGAAAAAAAAUUCACCACUGUACAUCUCUAGUACCCUUUCCCAUGCCCACAGUGAUGCAUAAACUCAUGUACCUUUCACUCCAGGUGUAUCUGCCUAUUUCUAAUAAGAGUUAAACUAAAUUAAGAUAAUAAAUGACAUAUGAUUUGAAAACUGAAUGACGUUGUCUCCCACAGAAGAAAUUGCAUCUCAUAGUAGGCCUACAGGUCAGCAAAAGCUAUAGUAAUUAGGUGACAGAUUUUAUUAAAGAAUCUAAGCAAUCAUUUUCUUUAUUGAAUAUUAUUUUUUUAUUAGUUGAAUUCAGCUUUCCAUAUUGUGAUUGUGCAGUUAAAUAUACAAGGAAAAUGUAGUAUUCAGUUUUUUAUUUAAAUAAACUGAUGUGGCCUACCUACCAUCACCUUUUGUCAUUUAA